GCCGCAGGUCCGCCAGGCGCUAUCGAUACCAUCAACCAUCGAAUCCACCCAAAAUGAGAUGAGGAGGCACUUCGCCUAACUAAUGGACGAGGUGUUGAUGUUGUAGUAGAGACCGUAGGCUCCCCCUCGAUGGCCCAGAGUCUUUCUUCUCUCGCGGUGAAAGGAACUAUUUCUAUGGUCGGAUUCUUGGGAGGGUUUAAUGUGGAUCCCUUCCCUGACACCAUAACCCCGGUCCUGUUGAAGAGUGCCACUAUAAGGGGUAUUCGUGUUGGUUCUAAGAUUGACCAACAGAACUUGUAUGACUUUCUGUCGGACAAGCAAAUCAGCUUGAGGCCAAUCCUGGAUCAUGUGGCCUUCUCUUUCGAGAACUCCCAAGCUGCUUUCGAUCACCUUUAUGAUAGUAACCACGUCGGCAAGGCUGUUAUCAGAAUGUAGGGGGAAAUGCCAAUAAAGGUAGUGGUAUCUCGCUGGCGCCGGAGCUCCACCUAUUCUACA